AUGGAUGACUCCAACAAAUCCCGUGAAGAAAAAAGAAACACAACACCAACGAUGAAGAAAAUACACCAAAAUAGACAACUCCAACGACGAAUCCCGCAAAGAAAAAGCAGCAGCAAACUGAAAUCAACAAAACAAGAAACACAACACUACCAACAAAGAAAGUACACCGAAAUGGAUGACUCCAACAACGAAUCCCGCGAAGAAAAAGCAGCAGCAAACUGA